GAGAUAAAGUAUUCUCAAUAGUGUGCUCGAGAAACAUUCUUAACAUCGCACGCGAGCGAUCGUGGCCACGGGUAUCCAGUUAAUUCCACGCAAGUGGUUGCUUUUGUGCUAUCAACGGUAUAACGGCAUUGUUACGAUAAAACGAAAUUAUGCGUAUGCAAGUAUCAUUGCAUACGAAUAACCGUUGAACUCUUUAGUAGUAUCGCAUCCUUAUAAGAUGACUGUAAUUCAUAAGGUGAAUAUGUUGUCGUUCUAUAGAGACGACCGAUUACAUCGAUUUUCUGCGACGCAACGGUCGAUUUUGAAUCGUAAUUACCGCAUUCAUCUCACGUAACACGUAGAACGCCUAAGCACGUCGCAACAUGAAUACCACAGCUCGGUGCAUGUACAUAGAUUUAAUCCGCGGACGAGUAACUUUGUUAGAAGUAAUUUUCGCCGAGUAAGAAUAAUCUCGGGUUCACGCGUCGCUUCGAGCUCUCGGCAGUCGGAGUUAGGGCGCUGCCUAGGCUCGAGGUUAGGGUUGUCGGGAGUCGAGAGGAGCCAUGGAAGUUUGGGGUUAACGGUAUGGUGGUACUGGCGGCGACGGUGGUGGUGGUGUGGUGUGGUAUGGUGGUGGUGGUGGUGGUGGUAGUGGUGGUGGUGGAAAUGGUGGUGGUGAGCGAGCAACUGCGCAGAUCCCGAAGUCUCUCAGCCGCGAGUACGUAGGCAAACUCGGAUUCAGUGAGGACUGACUGUUCCCGUUUGCAGUGCACCUCGAAAUCUCAGGGAGAAACCGCGGUCUUUCGUCCUCUCUUUUUCCUUCUCUUUCUCUUUCUGUCUCUGUCUUCCUGUCUUCCUCUUUUUCUCUAUCUAUCUAUCUUUGUCCUCCGUCUGUCCGUCCUACUCUAGCCAUCCACUUUGCUUCUCCCGUGUCUUUUGUUGUUAGUUUCUCUCACCGCGGCAAAGUACGUGCUUAACUUUUUCCGUUCGACCGACCGUCUCUCUAUCUCUGACACGAAGUUCGUGCACGAACCACUGUUUCGAUUCUUUUCGAAGCCAGUCUACACGCUAGCUUGCUUGCGGCCCGAUGUACCACACGAGCGAGCGGUGUCUCGCGCAAAUUCCGGCUGUUCCCCAUGGCUAGUCACGUGGCUGGCCAGUGAUUCGAAAUCUGGUUGGUUUCGCCGUACGUUGUGCGUUCCGGAUGAAAGGUGCGUGUGCCAGUUGAUCAAGGCUCGCUCAACCGUUGGACGUUUCACUCGUACGGGACGGAAUCAUCCGGAGUCCCGAGAACGUGUGUGCGAAAUCGACGGUGGACCGCAGGUCGAUGUGCACAACUCUGGGGAGACGUACUGAAACUUCACGUCUGUCUGUGGCAGUCGCAGCGAAGGAGGAGCUCAUAUGGAAUGGCAUCGCGUGGACCCUCGGCGACGACGACGGUGGCAAUCGCGAUAGCGAUGGCCGUCGCUAUGUCAGCGAUGGCGAACGGCCUUUGCCCGACUCAAUGCCGUUGCGACGACGAGAGCUUGCGCGCCUCGUGCGCGUACGCGGGCCUCGAGGUCGUCCCGAUCCAAUUGAACCCGGAGAUCACCCACCUGGAUCUGUCCAACAAUCGCGUGGCCAAUAUCCAUCUGUCGUUCAGCUUCUACGGUAACCUGGAGGCCCUCGAUCUCACGUCGAACGCGAUCCACACGCUGGGCUCGGACAAUUUCGUCUUCCAAAAGAAUUUGGCCACGUUGAACGUGAGCGGGAACGCGAUAAGAAACUUGACCAAGAACUCGUUGCAGGGGUUGGCCUCGUUGAAGGAGUUGAACCUUGCCGGGAACAAUAUAUCCGACAUGGACGAGCAAGCGUUCAAAACCACCAGCGAGUUGGAGACGUUGAAUCUGAGCGACAACUCGAUCACCAGUUUGCCGGAUGGAUUGUUGAAGAAUCUCCACAAGAUCCGCGCGUUGAUCCUCAAGGGGAACUCCCUGCUCGAGAUCCCAACCGAGAAUUUGGCCCUGGCCCCCAGCCUCGAGAACGUGGACCUGUCCGACAAUCUGAUCCAGGAGCUGGACAGGGACUCGUUGCCCUCGUUGCCCUCGUUGGUCUCGCUGGAUCUGGCGAACAACGUUAUCAGGAACAUCGGCGACGACGCGUUCGACCGGCUGCCCGACCUCCUCCGCCUAGAUCUGUCCGGGAACAACCUCACCUCCGUGCCCACGCCCGCCCUUGCCAGGCUCAACGUCCUCUCGAAUCUGAUACUCAGCCGGAACCCGUUGGCUGCGUUGGACGCGGCCGGGUUUCGCAACCUCUACGAGUUGAGGAGCCUCGAGUUGAACGAUUGCACCAUCAUUAGCGUGCACGCGCGCGCGUUCGCCGACAACGUGAACCUGGAACGGAUCUCGUUGGACGGUAAUCGAGGUCUGAAGGAAUUACCCGCGAGGGUGUUGUACAGCGCUAGAUACCUGAAAUGGGUCUCCCUACGCCGUUGCAGCCUGUCCACCUUGCAACCGACCCAAUUCCCCGUCGACGGCCUCUCGUCCCUCCGCGUGGGCGGCAACCCCCUCGUCUGCAACUGCUCCGUGCACUGGCUGUGGAACGUGAUCAGGGCGGAGGAGCGGCGGAACGAGUCCAGGCUCGAGCUCGACACCCACGACAUAAUCUGCACCGACGAGGAGUACGCCGGCAAAGCGUUGAUCGCCCUGUCCGAGGCCUCGCUCCGCUGCCGCCUCAGCCCCCUCUACCUCUCCCUGUCUGCGGCAGGUUGCCUGGCCGCAACGGCGACCAUCCUCGCGCUCAUAGCCCACCUCACGCGGUCCAAGAGGAAGAAACGAUUGGCGUACGCUGCCCCAAACAGGCCGGAGUUCCUCGUCUACGUGGGAAGGAGCAACGACGAGUUGGACAAGAGCGCGGAAUCGUACAGCAGGCGGUUGCUGGCGCGGGGGAACGGGGAGGACGGCACGCCGUACGACACUCCGCGAGGGGGGAAGCCCGUGGGGGGGCGGCAGGAGGCGAACGUGUACGAGACGCCGAGGUACGCGAGGGCGGAUCGUCGGGACAAGUCGGCGGAAUGCGGCCAGACGGAGGAGGAGGGCGUGUACGCCGUGGCCGACGUGACCGAUCUCCGCGACGAGCCGCCGGAAGUGUUGUCGCUCUACCGGAUGCAGAACCCUCCCACCGCACCACCCAACCUCCACCGAGCCCUCGACUCGUAUGCUUACGACUACGAUUACGAUUACGAGCCACCGCUUCCGCAGAAACCUCACGUGGUGUUCGUUUGAGGGAACGAAUCGGUCCAAAUCGUGCAGACAAAUUUCCAACGCUUGGCUUCGUUCGAGGGACACGCUUUGCUCCCCGAAGACGAGAUUCGGAUAUGAAGGAUGGACAUUACACGUUAAAGAUCUAUCGUUUGUAAAGAUCUAGCGAGAGAGGAGAUUCGUUCUGACCGAUCCAUUCUUAAGUCUCUCUCUCUCUCUCUCUCUCUCUCUCUCUGUCAUUUCGAACGGAUGUUGCUCGCGGAUGAGUAAAAUUCGGUUCGAAUUAUUCGACAAUUGUAACCAGAUGAACAGAGAGCGGAGGAGGA